AUGGAGAGCGGGAGUGACAUCCCCUGGACAGGCCCGCCCUGGGGAGGGGUUGGCUGGGCCGGGCAGCAGGCAACGGUCAACGGCACCGAUCGAGCCAGUCGAGACACUCCCCUGCUAUCAACCGAGCAAAAGGUCAGUCAACCUCCCAAGCCUCCAUCCCCGGAGAAACACUACUGGGAUCCUCAACCUACUCUGCCUUCCGUCCCCCAUAACCAGGACGUUGCCAACAACGAGUGGUCUGCGGUUUGUGUGCUGCUUUAA